ACCGGCUCAGAACCAGCUCAGCUGCCAGCACUCACGGUAAACAUGGCCUCAGUCUCAUCCAGCUCCCACCUCAGUAAGGUGGUGCGGCAGAAGUACAUGAGCCUGCCGCAGGGGGGGAAGUGCCAGGUCACCUACAUCUGGAUCGACGGAACCGGAGAGGGACUCCGCAACAAGACAAAGACUCUGGACACAGAACCGGCGGGCAUUGAAGAUAUUCCUGAGUGGAACUUCGAUGGCUCCAGCACCUACCAGUCCAUGGGCUCCAACAGCGACAUGUACCUCGUCCCCGUCUGCAUGUUCAGGGACCCCUUCACCCUCGACCCCAACAAGCUGGUCCUCUGCGAGGUUCUCACGCACAACCGCCUCCCAGCUGAAACCAACCACCGCCACCGGUGCAACGAGGUGAUGGAGAAGGUGAAGGAGCACAGCCUGUGGUUCGGCAUGGAGCAGGAGUACGCCCUGCUGGGAAUAGACGGACUUCCUUUCAGCUGGCCCCCCAACGGGUUCCCAGCACCCCAAGGUGACCCGGCCAAACGUUUGGCUAUCUUUGACACAUUUACCUGGACACUGAGGUUUUCAUUUCCUGUUCACUCCUCCAAUUUACAAAGAAAA